AGUUCCCACUUGCUCACCUAUUGCAGCCAUUCCGCCAGUAUUACCUCCAGGCUGAGCACUCCUUGCCUGCUCUCCUUCAGAUAAGCUGUGGGGCCUCCACACAGAAGAGCGUGGCCUGAGCCUGAUUCUGAGGACUCUACGCCCUCUCGCUACCACUCAGUUUUCUGAGACAGCUUCACCGUCUCGGGCAGAAUGAAUGUCCUUGAUGGUGUCCCCUUUAAGGUACCCAACGGCCUCGUGAUGGACACAGAGCCCCACCCUGCUCCAGAGAUCAGUGUCCGGUACUGUAGAGAGCUCCUCCUGGGCUCGAUGUAUGACUUCAGCCUGGAAAGGGAGGCUCUCUUCUGGGUGGAAGCAGUCGUCCGAGGACCUUGUCCCCAACAAUGCAAGGACUUGGGGAUGGCAUCAGCUCCUCCAGCCUGGUUCUUACUGGUCAGUCCAAAACACAGUCUGGUGCCUGCACCUGCUGAAGUCAGAGGCCCAGAGGCUGGAUUGCAGGAACCUGCCGAGGAGGAAGAGGAGGAGGAGGAGGAGGAGGAGGAAGAAGAAAUAGGGGAGAAGAGGGAUGAGGACGAUGCUUCUUCUGCCAGCGAGGAGGAGAUGGACUCCAGCAGCCCUCAGCCUGGCUCCCCUGCAGCCGGUCGCCGCUGCUCGCUGGAUAUGCUGCGAAACAUAAGGUCUGAGUUGGUUGGUGCCCGGCGACGGCUCUCGGAGAGCAGACUAGCCUCGUGUCCUCGAGCCCUUCUGCACCGCUUCCGAGGCCACCGCACUCUGAGCCUGAGUGCCAGCCUGGCGCCAGCCCCUGACCCAGUACCGCAGCUCCCCAGUGAACCCGUGCUGCCUCCACGACCCUCUACCGCCGGCGCUAUGCCUCCACUGCGGAGCCACAAGCCCACUGUCGCUUCCCUCAGCCCAUACACCUGCUUGCCACCUCUUAGUGGGACACCGCAGCCCCUCAACUCCUAUAGAUUGCAUCCUGAUUCGGCAAAUGACCUACUGUCUGCCCUGACCAAAGAGGAGCAAGACCUCAUCUGGCCAGUGGUCGCUUUGGGCUAUCCCCUAGGAAGGGCCAUUGUGGCUCUGCAGAAGACAGGAAGGCAGAGCCUAAGCCAGUUUCUCGGCUACCUCGGUGCCUGUGAGAGGCUGCUGCAGCAGGGCUAUGAUGAGGCCCUGGUGGAUGAGGCCAUGGAGAUGUUCCAAUUCUCUGAACACCAGGCAGGGGAGUUCCUGCGACUCUGGCAGCAGUUCAGUGAUAUGGGCUUCCAGCAAGACCGGAUCAAGGAGGUGCUGUUGGUCCAUGGCAAUCAGCGUGAACAAGCCCUGGAAGAGCUGGUAGCCUGUGCCCAGUGACAAGCCAGGACACUCUGUGAUGCAUGGCUGACCAGUGAAGUACCAGACUCACCACCCAUCUGAAUUGUAUUAUUAAAACCUAAUAAGACAAACCAGGUAGUGGUGGUGGCGCACGCCUUUAAUCCCAGCUGGUGGGAGGCAGAGACAAGUGGAUUUCUGUGAGUUUGAGGCCAACCUGGUCUAUAUAGCAGGUUCCAGGACAGCCUGAGUUACAUAGGAAGACCCUAUCUCAAGCAAAACAAAACAAAGGAAUCUGACAAGGUCUACAUUUUCCAGACCUGGCUCCUCUUCCAUUAGAAUCCUUAGGUAAUCCCCUGGGUCCUGCACCUUAUAUUCUGACUCAGAAAGCACAGAUGGGCAGCCUCCAGGAACGUGGUUGGCUGGAAUUAUAUUGUUUAGUUUUCUCUAUGUCGCCUGGUUGGCGUUGAACUUGUGAGCUCAAGUGAUCCACCUGUGACCUCAGUCUCCCUG